UUAGAAAUCUCAAACAGUAAUACUGAAAAAGAGAAUACAUCAAAUACCUUGAGAAACAGAUUACAUAAUUGAAAUUCAGAUCAUGGAGUCUUCAACCAAUCUAGAUGCUGAUACUCAGCUAAUUGUGGAAGAUUGUGCUGGCACCUUUAGUUUGUCUCAUAUGCCAGAUAUUAAAGUUGAACAUCACCUUGAGUCCGGUGUGGAGGAAGGAGCACCUCAGAGUGUUGCUAUGGGGAUGAAAUUCAUUUUGCCCAAUAGGUUUGAUAUGAAUGUGUGUUCUCGAUUUGUCAAAUCCUUGAAUGAAGAAGAGAGCAAAAAUAUUCAAGAUCAAGUGAACUCUGACCUUGAAGUGGCUUCAGUAUUAUUUAAAGCUGAGUGCAAUAUCCACACUUCUCCUUCUCCUGGGAUACAAGUGAGACACGUCUAUACUCCAUCAACUACUAAGCAUUUCUCACCUAUCAAGCAGUCAACUACCUUAACUAACAAGCACAGAGGAAAUGAAGUUUCUACAACACCUUUGCUUGUAAACUCUCUGUCUGUUCACCAGCUGGCAGCUCAGGGAGAAAUGUUGUAUUUAGCUACACGCAUAGAACAAGAAAAUGUUAUUAAUCAUAUGGAUGAAGAAGGCUUUACUCCUCUAAUGUGGGCUGCAGCUCAUGGGCAAAUCGCAGUAGUAGAAUUUCUACUCCAAAAUGGUGCAGACCCUCAAAUCUUGGGAAAAGGACGAGAGAGUGCACUGUCAUUAGCAUGUAGUAAAGGAUAUACAGACAUUGUCAAGAUGCUACUGGAUUGUGGAGUUGACGUAAAUGAAUAUGACUGGAAUGGUGGUACACCCUUGCUCUAUGCUGUUCAUGGGAAUCAUGUGAAAUGUGUCAAGAUCCUCUUAGAACAUGGUGCUGAUCCAACUGUAGAAACUGAUUCUGGAUAUAAUUCUAUGGAUUCUCGCUGUAGCCUUGGGCCAUCGUAGUGGUGAGUAUUCAAGCACUUUUUAAUACGGUAUUGCUGUCCUUUUACUAUCAGUUGAUAGUUUAACCACUUAAUAGGUUUUGUUAUGCAUAUAUGAAUGGGCAUUUUAGAACAUGGCCUGUUAAAUCAGAAGUCCCCUAAAGCGUUUGUUGCUGCUUCUUUAAAGAACAGCAUUUUUACUCUUUACAUAGCAAACCAAAGAUAAAUAGUAUGUGUAUCAAUUCCCUUUUAAUGUCAGGAUAAAAAUAUUUGUGUUUCCUAACCUGUUAUAAAUUGCUGUUUGUUAAAACUCUCUCUCUCCCUCCCUCCCAUGACAAUGUACAAUGAGAACUAAGCUUUUCACCAGUGCUUGGUUGUAGAGAUAACACAAUAAACUUGCUUUAAUAAUCUAAAAAACCAUCAGAUGUAUGGCUACAUAAGGCGCACACAUGUAUUGCAGUGAGACAUUGUACCUAUUUAUACAUAUGUAUAUAGGACGGUAAGCUAUGCUGUAUCAAUGCCAAGGCUUGGGAACAGCCAUUAUUCCUAACAAUGCACCCAAACAGCAAACCUUAUUUUUUCCAUUCAAAGUGAAGGGUAGAAAAUCCAGUAUCUUGGGUCUAAACUUUCCCUCCCCAACAUUGCUAACAACAGCCACUCAAAUUAAGUGUUGGGCAUAACUUGGUUCUUUCUUCACAAGUGUAGUCAAUUGUGUAUUGGAAAUGAAGAGCUGUGUGCCUAAUGCUAUCAACUGUUACAAAAUCUCACUCUAGUCCUCAUAUUUUUCAGUGCUUUUAGAAGAUUUUCCAAUUUAAAGAAUUGAAUACUAACCAUGUUUUCCUCUCUAUUUCAGGUCCAACAGGUUAUUGAGACUCAUUUAUUAACACUCCUUCAAAUAUCAAGGAAUAAUAUUAUAGCUAUGGAAUAAAAGAAAUGCACUUCAUUUGAAUACUGAUCAGUAUAAAAGCAUUUUUUAACUGGUAACUUAGUCCAUUCUUAAAUCUUAUUACUUACCAAAUGUGCUUGAAAUGGUAGGUUAGUGGCAUGCAUACUACUUGAUUAUAAGUAGAAGAGGCUGCCUUUUUCCCCAGCAAACCUUCCUGUACCAUAGUGCUAGUUUAUUGUUCCAAUAUUUCAUAGUAUUGUCUAUGACUUUAGAAUUUCUGUUUCACUGUUUACAUAAAAGAAUGGUUAAUAAUAACAAAGCACUUGAAAGCUGAAUUCAAAAAAAAUUAUGGGAUUUAUUCAAGCGACUUUUUUUUUCCUUUUGAGUUAUAUUUUAGGUGAACCAUCUUCAUUUGAGUGAUGUUCAUAGAUGUUUAAAAUUCAAACUCAUCUUAUUUCUAUUUCAUGUAUGCACUUGAAAAGGAAUUGUAAAAUACUAUGACAAUAUACAAAUUAUAUCCCAUACUGAUGUAUGAUUUAUACAUUUCAAAUUGAUAGCAAGAUGGUUUUUCAGACUGUAUUAAUCCAAUACUUUGAUUCAGUUGGUACCAAUAGGCGUUAUGAUGUAUAGUUCUUGUGUCUAUUUAUUUUCAUGUAUAAACAAUCUGUUCUUUGCUGUUUUUAGAAAGGAUUUUUUAAAGUUUACAACUAAGUUCUAAAAUCUUAGAACAGCCUUUUUUUAUGCAAAUAGCUUGUUUAUUUCAGCGCCACUACUGAAAUAUAUAGGUUUAACAUGAUUUUCUACUAUAGAUUUAAGUAUUUGAAUUGAAUUAUAUAUAUAAUGUGUGUGUCUAUGUGUGUGUGUGUGUCUGUGUGUUUUAUAGAUAUAUUAACACACACAAACACGGACACACAAAUAUAGCUGGCUGAAGCUGUAACCUGGAACGACUGAAAAAAUUAACACUAUUACAAUUAAAAUAUUGGUGUUUAAAUAAGACCCACCUAAAAUAAAUGUACCUUAUUGUAAUGUUUGUCCAAAGCCUUCUGUUUUAGGAAUGUUACAAAAAAUAUCAUUAAAUGAAAUUACUCUGGAUUGUAA